CGCCUCCUCGUCACUUCGCGUCUGAGUGCCGUCGCGUGCGGACGUGCGGACCGACCGACGUACCAACGAACGAACAAAACGAACAACCGGACGUACGAGCGAGCGUAGUCGCCGUUGAUCAGCCAGUUGCGCACAGUUUGCGGCGGCAAGGAGGGGUGGUGGACGCCUCUCGGAUCAUCAGUGCACGACUUGACGCCGCGGCGACACACAACGACGACGACGAGGACGACGAGGACGACGACGACGGGGGGGAGAGAGAUCGUCGCCGAUCGCGCGACGCACACGACGCACACGCGUUAGCGCGCGCGCGCGAGCGCGCGCGCUCUCACGCGCCAAGGAGGUGAUCCCGAAGUGACCAGCCGUCGAGUGUCCGCGGCCGCGCGCGCGACGGACGAACUGCCGUGGUCUUCGUGAAGUCUUUCUCUCUCUCUCUCUCUCUAUCGACGGCACGCGUGCACGCGACGACGACGGAUCGAUCGCGCUCAUCGUGACACAUCGAGAACCCGCCGAGAGUUGUGAGAGAUUCCGGAUAUCGGGAAUCUUGUUCUUGUGUGAAACGUUAUACUAACGUACCCCCUUUCCUACGCGCGUACACACGCACCAUCUCCGAGUUACGGCGAAGACGACGACGAGGAGGAGUAGGAGGAGGAGGAGGAGAAGGAAAAGGACAACGUUCCCCGUCGACGACCGGGCCCCGUGCCCCCCUUCCAUGCACCGAGUGGACGACCGCCCGCCGUCAUCGUCGUCGUCGUCGUCGUUGCGAGGAUCAUCGGCCGGCGGCCCUCCCGCCCUCCCAUUCACGGCGCCGUAGUUGAGAUCACGAUGACUAUGGACGUGAGCAAAUCCGAGACGAGUAAAAAUGGUUCGACGCAGCAGGAGUGCGCCGGCUGCGGGAAGACAAUUACGGAGAGGUACCUCCUCAAGGCCCUGGACCUCUACUGGCACGAGGACUGCCUCAAGUGCGGAUGCUGCGACUGUAGGUUAGGCGAGGUCGGCUCUACCCUCUACACCAAAGCUAAUCUUAUCCUCUGUAAGAGGGACUACCUCAGGCUCUUCGGGAACACGGGAUGCUGCGCGGCAUGUAAUAAGCAAAUACCGGCGUUCGAGAUGGUCAUGAGGGCCAGAACGAACGUCUAUCAUCUCGACUGUUUCGCCUGCCAGCAGUGCACUCAUCGGUUUUGCGUAGGCGAUCGGUUUUACUUGUGCGAGAACAAGAUCCUCUGCGAGUACGACUACGAGGAGAGGCUAGCGUUCGCUAAUAUGGCGUUACAGUCGCCCGCCUCAUUAGCAUACAUCAAAAGGCAGCUCCCUCCUACACCAACGCCCCCGAGCCAGAAUAUGCACCCGGGACACAAUCCGCUCCAAGCUCAUCAAGGUCUGGGGCAGCCGGUGGCCCAGCACAAUCACGUGCCCAACGGUCAAAUGUCAGGCACGCCGACGAUGAAUGGGACGACUAUAGGGGUCGGCGGACCGAGGGCGCCGGGCGACAUGAACAACAACGGCUUGUCCGGGCCCGCCCUCGGGCCCGUGAAGCCACCCCCGAUGUCCAUGCAGGCGCCGACCAGCUGAAACGAGGCCUCGCCGCCUCUGAAGAAGCUCAGGUGUCUCAGCGGUUACUAAAAGCUAACGGGGAUUCUCUUCGCUCGUGGAACGUGGAUUUUCCGGACAGUUGAGAGAGAGAGAGAAAGAGAGGUAGAUAGAAGAAAGGUAUACGUUGCACCGCUGAGAAUGAUGGGACGAACAAAAAAGGGACGAUAGAGAGAAAGAACUAGAGAUCGGACGUUAAUCGGGGAAGGGAGGGAAACGUCAAACGAGGGAUCGGACAAGCCGCUUCGCGAAGCGGAAUCCGAGACCUCGAGGACUAAGUGACGGAGAGAUUGGAAUCACUGUGAUCGUGGAAAAUGGACACAAAUCUAAUGGAAGAUAAUGUUAAUACAGUGUAGAACAGAACGCGCGGCGCGAGCUGGAGCUCGACACACCGUAUUUACCACAGGCAUACAGAUACACUGAAACACACACACACACACACCCACACAUGUAUACAAAUGUACACAUCCCUUCCGGGCAACGCAAAUGUUUAAAUGACGUCGUAAAAUUCUCCGGACGUCUUUCACAGGCGUCUCUCAGACUUUUGCGUUGUUUGCUGAUGCGCAUACGUGUCUUGUGAGGUACGAAAAACACACACACACACACACACACACAAGAAUAAAUUAGAUAAUUCGUGUAAGAUAUAUUUCUCUAGCGAGACGGAAGCGAAUGUGAUUCUGCGCGAGUGCGAAAAUUGCGUAUGCUUGCGCGAGCGGCGGAGUCGCCUGUAAAUAUAUCUGUGUCGUAUUCGACUCCGUGAAAGAAAGAGAGAGAGAGAGAGAAUGAGAGAGAACGAAACAAUUACCAGUAUACGCACUCCCACCGAGAUGACUCUUGUCCCGCUCGUGAUACCGCCGUCGUCCACGCGUGAGGACGCAAGGAGCGCCGGAUUCGAAAGGAGAGGAGAGGAGGGAGAACCUUAACGAGAGGCGCGCGAAAGGGGAACGCGGGGGGUUCUGUAACACGUGCCGUAGAUGCCCCCGUGAUCUUCGCGUUUUACAGCCACGAAAAAAAAAGGGGGAAACGGACGAAGCAAGACGACAGUCAUCUUUUACACGCAUCCUUCGGAAUUGGAAGAUCGGGGGAAAAAAAAAACGUGAUACCCUCCCCGACUCUCCUCGGGAUAUUCGUUUAAAGAGAGAAUCCACGUUAAAAUUUCCCGUCGCCCCGGUAGCCACCGGUUGAAUUCCCCUCCCCUCGUGGCCCUUCUAGUCUCGUGAAAUUUCCGUUGUGUCGUUACGUCGCGAGUCGGAUGCGCGCGAUCGGCGUUACGGCGUUACGGCGUUACGGCGACAGCCGAUACCAAAGAUUAAAUUAAAGACAUUAGGUUUAAGAACCCCCCCGGGGGCGAAAAGCGCCGCGGAGAGAUUCAGUUUUAGACAGCCCGAAUUACGUGUCACACGGCGAAUUACUUUUCGUAAGCUCUAUCGACGAAUCUUCGUGAGGAUAGCGAGGGGCAACGGUGAAUUCGGAUCGCUUGGUCCUCCGAAACAGGCGGACAGUUUCGUAAAACGGUACUCAAAAAAAAAAGGAUAUUACUUUUUUAAUAUUCUAUCGAUUGUUCACCCAUUGACAAUAUCAUCUUAAUUUUUCAUUUUCAUUGACGAUGUCGAAGUAGCGAGGCUCAAAGUGAUUUACGGCGAGAGGAGGAAGGGGAGGAAAGGGACUGUCAAGCAUUCCGUAAUCCGCCGUUGUUCGAGCUGCUCCUGUCGGAGCAGAGCGUGGGGCUUAGUCACUUAGCUUUAACGCUUCAAUGCCAAAAAUACAGGCGGCGCGCUUAUCUAUACCAAAACGCCAAAAAAAACGGCACACGUUCGUAAACGUACGGAGAAGCCGAAAAGGAGACCGACGGAAACGCGCUUGCCGCCGCGGCGCGUUAUUAACUGCGAGCUCGUAACGCUAUUAACUGUGAGCAAUUUCCCGCGACGCGCCGGAAACGCCGGUCCGUCUCAUUCUCGCGCGUCACAUCCGGGCUUUCUCUCGUUCGCGGCCGGUUGCGCUUGAAAAUAACUGUAAUGCUACACUACUACACCACUUCUCUCAUCCGUGUCGUAGCCAGUAACGGCAGCAACAAUUUGUUUAUCUCGCGGAUACUCUACGUAAUCUUGAUUUAUUUUAUGCCGAACUGGAUCGAAAAUUAUCAUUACAGUUAUUUUUGAAAAAAAAAAAGAGAAGAUUAACUACUGUGAAUCUGUGAACGGAGCUAUAAUCACCUGUCCGUUUGGCAUGCGAGAGAAAGUACGCGUGACGGGAAAUUGAUUCAUCAUGGAAACACUUGUAAAUUAUCGAGGGACAAACAACGGUUUCGGACCCGACGACUGUCGCACCGCGUUAGUACAAAGGUCCUGCGACACGGCGGAGGGGGAGGACACAGGUCGGAGGACGACAGAGGCGCAAGCAGCACGAGGCGAAAAGGACAUUGUCUCCCUACGUAGGACGGAGAAGACGACCGGGGACGACACUUUCCCGUUUUUUAUCCAUCUGUAUAUAAUAUCACUUACAUAGGGCUCUAUUAAUAAUAAUUACGGACCGCCCGUCCCCCCCUCGCGAGGGGGGAGGGCGGCAGCUCCCAUUACUACCGAGAAAAUAUAACAUUCUUAUAAAUACAACCUGGUGUAUUCCAA